CAAAAUGGCGUUUGGUAGGAGAAGACGUUACUGUGGUUUGUUAUAGUGCUUUUUUUUCAUAAACAGCGCGUACACGUACACUUAUGUGCUUUUUGAUAAGAGUAAACGUCGUUAAUAAUUGUUUAGGUCUGGAUACGUUAGUUUAAGCGCACCUCGUUGCUGCCCGUACUAGCUUAGCUUGCUAGUUAGCUUAGCUUGUUAGCUGCUAACGAAUAGACGCGGUUUUAUCAACACAUCGCUAAGCAGAGAUCAAGUGUGAUUGUGUGAAAAGGUGCGAAAUAACGAAAGCAGAGUACAAGGAGGAACUUUGUCCAACAAAAGAGGAGAAGGAGCGACAACAUCUAGUUUUUUUUAGCGCGCUAAUUAGCUUAGCGUGCUAGUUAGCUUAGCUUGUUAGCUGCUAACAAAGAGAGGCGGAAGUGAUCAAAACACAUCGCUAAGCAGAGAUCAAGUGUGAGUGUAAAGUGUUGUGAUUGUGUGAAAAUGUGGGAAAGAACGACAGCAGAGUACAAAGAGGAACUUUCUGGAACCAAACUACUGGACGCUGUUGCUAAGAAACAUCAAGUUGUGUCACACAGAACAGACGUCCAGCAGACCCCCCACAUUAAAGAGGAAGAGGAGGAAGUGUGGAUCACCCAGGUGGGAGAGUGUCUUCCAGGGCAGGAGGAGGCUGAUCUCACCAAGUUUCCACUGACUGUUGUCUCUGUGAAGACCGAAGACCAUGAAGACAAACCACCUGAGUCCUCACAGCGUCAUCACAGUCCAAACGCCUGGGAAGAACAUCUUCUCCCUGAGCAGCAAGGGCGGCGCUUCAGGAUGGAGCAGGAGGGGCCACAGCCCUCCCGCAUCAAAGAGGAAGAUGAGGCGCCACAGUCCCUGCACAUUAAAGAGGAAAAAGAGAGCCCACUGACCUCCCACGUUAAAGAAGAAGACGAGGCCCCGCAGCCCCCUCACAUUAAAGACGAAGAGGAGGAACACAGCAUCAGUCAGGAGUUCCCAGUGAUUGUUGUCACUCAACUUGUUGUUGAGCAACUUGAAGGACUGGAGGAGGUUGAUGUCACCAAGAUGCCAGUGACUGGUGUGACUGUGAAGAGUGAAGAUGAUGAUGAACAUCUUCCUGAGCAGCAGAAGUGGAGCUUCAGGAUGGCGACGGAGGAGCCACAUCCCUCCCACAUUAAGGAGGAAGAUGCGGAGCUACAGACCCUGCACAUUAAAAAGGAAGAGGAGGAAGACAGCAUCAGUCAGGAGGGAGAGCAUCUUGAAUGGUUGGAGGAGUUCCCAGUGACUGGUGUCCCUGUGAAGAGUGAAGGUGAUGAGGUCAAAGGUGAAAGUGAGGAGAAGAGAGAGGCGGAGCCUCCAAGCAGCAGCUCAACUCAACACAUGACAACAGAAGCUGAUGGAGACCACUGUGGAGGAUCACAAGCAGACAAGCUCUUAGCUCCACUAUCAGAUAGUCAGGACACAACGUCACACUCUCCUGACACUGAUGAUGAACACUCUAAAGAUGAUAAGACAUGUCACACUGACAACACACACUUCACAUGUUCUCACUGCGACAAAACCUUUAGAUUCCGUUCCGAACUAAUAGCACACAUGCGAAAACACACCGGAGAAAGACCAUUCGAGUGCUCAGUUUGCAGUAGGAGAUUCUCUACGAAGUCCACAAUGAAAUUGCACAAAUCGGUGCACAGUGGAGAAAAACCUUUUAUCUGUUCAGUCUGCUCUAAGGGUUUUAGACUGAGACAGGAGUGGAAAAUACACACGAAGAUACACACAAGAGAGAAAGUGUUUAGUUGCAGUGCGUGUGGUGAAAGAUUCUUUACCAAGUGUAAGAGACACAAGUGUGCUGGUAAAAAAAGCCGCAGUAGGGGGGGCAACGUGGCUCGGAUACUACCGCGGCCGUGCCAGCCGACCCAGGGUUGCUGGUUCGUAACAAGCUUCCGUCAUCCGAGUCACGGCUGUAGUGUCCUUCUUCCCAGUGCCCCAACUUUGUACGCAACCGCUGGGCCCCUGAUGCUCUCAGUGUCGGGGGUGAACUCGUCCUCUUGCCGGUGAAACUAAAAGCUCCAGUCCAUGAGGAGGACCUGAUGUUUAAUUUGCUCAACAGCAUCAGCAGAUGACAUUUGUUCGAGACUUUUUCUGUGACAUUCUAACACCAUAUAACACGUGUGACAUCAUUGUUGUGUGUCUAACACAAGCUUGGUACUAUACUUCUAACAUUUAUAGCAGUGGUGGGCCGUUUAAAGAUAAAAGUAUUGUUUUAUUGACUUUCCCUAAAUAUCGAAAAGUAUUCAUAUUCUCUUCAUGUCAUAUUAUGCUCCUUCCAGUGCUGUUGUUUAUAGGAUAGAGUUGUUAUCCAAUCAGAAUUCUGCUAGCUUAUGUUGCCAUGCUCUAUGAAAUCUACCCGAGGCCUUCAGAAUCAACAAUGUCUGUGCACUGUCGGUGAACGGACACAAACAUUUGACGGACAGUUGCGAUAGCUAAUCAGAUCACGAGUUGUCAGUAAGACCUUCUACACUAUAUUGCCAAAAGUAUUUGGCCACUGUUGCGUUUGACCAGAUGUUCCUCCAAGUGGGAUGUAAAGCGCUGGUCAGUCCCAAGUUCCUUACAUGACAUAUAAACUGACUCAAAGGUACCACCAAGCACAGACUAGGUAUUUUGUAAUUUUAUUGUCAAAUAUUUGAGAAUAGAGACCAGCCUCGAACAACACAUACGAAUGCGCAGCCCAAGUUGAUCUGGCAUUCCAAAGGAAAAAGCAACUCUUUUCACACAAAGAAAGCCCCAUCUCCCCCCCACUCCUCUCAACACUGAUAAGAAGAGAGACUUGGGGGUUGUGUUCACAUUCCUGAUGGUUUACGACCUUGUCUAAACAGGCAAUCUGAAGACAAAGAGAAACUAGUAUACAGAGUAUACAUGGAAAAAUAUGAGCUGAUUCAAACAUGAUUAUUUAAAAAAAAUAAAUAACUCUUAAACAUUAGCAUUAUCCACAAUCCCUCUUCAGAUCUUAUCCAAAAGAUCUCUCCUACGAGAGCAACACCUCUAAAGCACGCCCUACAUUAAAGUAGGUGCUGUUUUGGUUUUCGAGCAAGCUAUCGAUAAACAAUCAAACCAUAGUUACAUGGGAGAGAGAAGGAGGGAGUCAACGUCAAUGUCGUCAUUGUCAGGGAAGGAAACUAACAGUCCCUGAAAGUCACCACUAUGCUUGACCCCCUUCAGUGACAUAGCAAGCCCAGAACCAGGGUGGGGUUGACCUUUGACAGCUCUAACAAUGAUGCGGGUGCAUAGAGACCUAGCACAAGGGGCAAUAAGGCAUCAGCAUGAGGUUAUGACGGCCAAGAAAACUCCAAUGGAGACCAGGGCCGACUUAAUUAGGUCAGACCACCUGCCAAAGGUGUUAUGAAGCCAAUCUUUAAAGGGGUCAGAGACACCGGAAACUUCAGUAAGUUCUUAGGCUCUGAGGCCUUCUAAGGCGCUCUGGACCGAGCCAUCGGGGGCAGCAUUGUUAGGAAUGAAGGUACAGCAUUGGUCACCAAACAUUGCACACACACCUUCUUCCUUGGCUAGGAUGCGGUCAAGGGCUAUGCGGUUCUGGAUGGCCAUGAGGGAGGUCGGGACAAGUUGUUCAGCAAGUCCCUCAACGGCGUCACGAGUCAGGUUGGUCAGUCUCAACAGAUUAUAAAAAACAUAGUUAAUGCGUUCUACAUUUUUAGUAGCAGUCACAGGGAAAAUAGCACCAAUGAUAGGAAGGUUCUCGAAACCUGCACAGGAUUCACACCACAAUUUGUGUUGUGAGGGGACCCCUCUUGGUUGUCCAAUUGCAUCAAAGUAAACACCAUCAGGGUUUCUCAUCAGAUCAAAGGAGCCCUUUACACUCCUUCGAGAUAAAACAUGGCGGCGUCGGCGAGAAGUUAGAGAGGCCGCUGAGACAGAAGUUACAAGGGGAGUUAAUUUGGUACCCACUAGGGUGAGUGGGGUCACCAGUCUAACCAUAGCACAAAGCCCUACGGAUAACGUUGGGAUUCUAAUGUACAAUCUGUGCUCCCCACAAUACCAGAAUAAGUCAGCUCUUGCCCAAGGGCCUAUCCUUGAACCAUCUAUCAGUGUGGUGCACCAGGAAGGGUUAAUGUCACCCAAUUUGUUGGGGGACGAAGAGGGUCCUUUGAAUUGAAAACACGUGUAAUUCAGCUUUUGGGCCACAAAUGGAAGAAGUCGGGUGGAAUUGUCAACAGGAGGGUACACACUAGCCAACAAAUCACACCCUGGUGGCGUGGGUUCAGAGAACAAGGAAAUAAGACAGUUUGAGCCAUUUAUGUCAGUCAGCUUAAAAGGGGCGGGGUAAGUGUGGGGAAAAGG